GGGAGAGGGCAAGCAUACAGGGUGCUGUCGCAUGAUUUAUUACGUAUUUUCACCGGAAAUCCAUGUCCCAGGAGACUCUCUAGCACUCGACGACAACAAGCAAAUAAGCUAAAUAAAAUGAACCGCAGUAACUCCACUACGAGUUCGACGGCAAUUGUGGUGGCAGCCGUUCCGGUUUUAGGAAUCAUCCGUAUUGCCAUCCUCAUCAGCAGCUUCAUCCUCAACGCCAUCGUCCUCAGCGUAUAUCUCAUGCGACCAAAACUGCGAACGCCCUUCUGCAUCUACAUAAUCUGCUUGUUGAGCAGCAACAUUCUGGAACUGCUCCUGCUGUUUCCCUUCACUAUCGCCAACGAUCUCGGCACGAACGCCAACCGUUUCGUUUUAGGGAAAAUCGGUUGUUCGGUGUAUGGAUAUGGCGUCAGUAUAACACGAUCAUGUUGUCUGUGCUCGCACGCAUUGAUCACCAUAAACCGCAUCUGGGCCAUGACCUUUCCAAUCUCCUAUAAAAACGUCCAUAGUUCGAGAUUUGCAGCUAUACUAUGUAUUUGUGUGAUACUGGCGCUACAUGCGAUUAUGAUCCAAGGUUUGGUUUUGAGCGAACGGACCCGGCCACGCCCCGUGGAAAAAUGGGGGUGCUGGUACCAAGUGCGCACCGGCUCCAUCGCGACCUCCGUUGGAUUCCAUUCGUUUUUCACGCUGCCGGUGGUUAUUGUCGCCACCUAUCCGUAUCUGUUUUGCAAAUAUUUGAAAGCACGGAAGCAAGUGAUGGCGCAGGACGGAAAGAGCGUCGCACCGGCCGAUGCGAAGGCCAGCCGGACGUUCGGCGUCGUGACCAUGCUGUCGCUGUGCACCAUAGUCUGCUGGUUGCCGGAAUUGCUGGUGGUUAUCCUGAUGAAUAAUGUGGGGACGCGGGCUAUCUUCUGGUCAUAUCCAUACGUUAGCUUUUUCAGCUGCUUUCAAGUGCUCUUCGAUCCAAUGUUCCUGCUGAUCACCUCCCGGGAAUUGCGCUAUGGAUUGCUUAGUGUUGUUUGUGGUAAAACGUAUGCGACGGAGAAAUUGGGAACAUUGCAGAUGGUGACGCUGGCGCGCAGCAGUGCCAAGCAUCACACAGUGAGCUCGCGUGUGUAAUGUAAUUGUUUUGCGUUUCUGCGUCUGCCUUGCGUUGGCUAACAUGUAAUGCAGGGUAAUGUUGGUUUCUUAGCGGUUCGGCGCUCGACUACAUCAACAUUCACCAGUUUGCUUUACGAAUACUGAUAGACAUAGACGGUGCAACGCCGGUAUCACAUUGUAAGGGA